GAUAUUAUUAUUCAUAACCACAGACAAGAUGGCGGGGUUGCCAGCAGACGCCAAAAUAGUUUUGAUUCUCUUCUGCGCUGCGGUACAGAUUUUUCCUUCAACUGCUCAGACAACACCCACAGGUAUUCAACAAAGCACAAACAACCCAGUAUCAACAGCAACCACCCAAAAUGCCCAAACAACACAGACUCAGCAACAAACAACGACUAAUCCGCCGACUUUGCCUUCAACAGAGGUGCCCGCGAAUACAGACGUCGGGACAUGCAUCUGUGAUUUGACUGGCAACAGAUGUGACGUUAACUGCUGCUGUGACCCAGAUUGUACAGCAGCCGACACAGAGACGUUCAGCCAAUGUUCAGAGAAUGCUUACGUUGUUGAGGACAAGGUUUGUCUAAGGAGCUCAGUAAUCUUCACCAACAAUGCUGAGCCUGAGACUGUGGAUGUGACGGACCCAAGCCUAUUCUGCAUCACCAGAGAUAACUAUGCUCAAAGGAAUUUCUAUACUGUAUCCCAGGCAGUUGAGACGGUUGAACGUUUCUAUGAGCUUAGUGAUCAGUAUGGGUCAACAUCGUAUGCCAAGCCGUCAGAGGAUACAAAUGUGACCUAUAGUGAUUUUUAUAAGUCUGGAGAUGUAAUCUACACAUUGUAUGACUCACUAGCCCUAGGGCGACUCGGGCUACCAAGAGGGCUAACAUCGGAUGUUUGUGACGACAACAACCCUGCAGCAUAUUUACACGAUCAGAGUGUAACAUGCACUCGUGUGCUUACCAGUCUUGAAACAGAUUGUGGACAGCAACCGUUCUUAUCUGCCAAGACAUACUAUGAUGGGUUCAAGGUCAUUGCGACGCCCAAUUUCCUUCAAGAAAACCCACUCCCUGCUCCUAUCCUAGUCAACGCCACAACCGCCCUCCCCGAGACGACCUCUAUGCCAACAACCCCACCCGAUGUGACCACCGCAACCCCAGACUCCGGCAAUGCCACAUUGGGUCCCAACGCAACCGUCAUUGAUCAGUUCACGACUCUCGUCCCUGUCACGGACUAUCCCUUCUACAGCGAGCCAGGUCUCGUGAAUAUCUCGGUCCGAUUGCCGGUCCUGUGCAGGAUCGUCUUCGGUUUCGUGGUGGACUGCAACUUCACGAUGGACGAGGUCCCGUUCCCGAUGUAUAAUGAAUCAAGCGAAACUUGUGAGGAUGUGGUCCUUGAGGUCAAAUACAUCAUUACCCACAAUUCAACAGAUGGCAUAGAGGAAGUAGAGGUCGAGCUUCUACUGGGGUCAUUGACCUCAAAUGACCUGAACCCAUCACAGACAUUCUCUACAGAGUUUGUGAAGCGUGAUGAGAUAGAUGUGUACCCCCGUAGCGGUAAUCCUGGCUACAUGAUUGGACAACCGAUAAUGGCAGGGAACCUCGUGGAAGAGAUUCAACCAGACGAGAGUAUCAAGCAGGCAAUAUCUAUAGGUACGGAUCCUGACAGCUGGCUGACGGUUGUCCGAAGCUCUGCCGACGGAACAUGCGUAAACGACACGGAUUCGCGUCUUCCCAUCACGUUUGGAGAGAAUUUACGCAGCGGAUGCACCAUACGAGUUUCAUAUGAGAGUGUUUCGGACAUAUGUGGCUUGAUUCAAGCAACCGCAUUAAACGCCCUCAACGGUGAUCAUCCAAGCCAUGUCGCGACCUUUGGCAAUUCACUUCCUGAGGUCGUAGGUGACUGGGUCGAGAUCUUUGAGGACCCAAUCUCGAGUAACCCUGUGAGCAACGAGCAAGGAGUGUGCAACAACAUGUACAUGUCUCUUCACAUUGAAGUACUGUAUGCAAACGUAGGAGCGCUAGCAAACCCGCAGGCCAAGAUUAUUGGUGUCCGUUAUAACUAUCCUGAUGCUUCCGGACAAACACUUAGAUAUCAGUGCAUAGGCCCAUACUGCCAGCAGGGAUCAGAAUCUCUCGUUCAAACUUUUGAAGUUUCCGUGUCUGUGGAGUUCAUCGACGCCUCCACCUCUCCGACUGCUUCUUGGGCAGAGAAACCGGCACUGGAAUCUAGGCUGCCAAACGAUUUCUUUUAUCCCUUUUCUGGGAGUUCAAAAGCAGCUAAAUUGUCUUUCAGUAUAUUAGUCCAUAUGGUUGUAUUAUCAUUUUCCGUCCUCGUAACGUUAUGAAGAUAAAUUUUAUUUGUGUGCGUGUGCAAUGUAAUGAAAGUAU